AUGACGUUUUUUCCCAUGGACAACUUUAUGUUGCGCUGUCGAGAGUUCGCAGCCCAAGUUCAAUCAAAGUGCUGUCCCCUCGAGAGAAGGUUCGAAAUAUAG